CCCAUUUCCUCCAGCAGCAGCAGCAGGCCUCGUAGACUUACACACACACACUCUCACACACAGACACACACGUAAACAUACACACAUAUGCAGCCAGAGUACGGACAGCAGUCAAAGCAAAGCCACGUUUUGGGAUCUUAAACCUGGAUGCCCCCCCUCGCCUCCCCGGACAGGAGUCCUCCUCAUGGGUGCUAAUCGGUAAUUUUCCAGCAACAUCUGGUCGCCUGUACGUCUCUGUUUCGGCUCUGAUGGUACCAGCUGAACAGUGAGCGCUUCCUGCCUGAGGAAACCUGCUGUCCCCUCAUCAUGUCUGGGAUGCACGCACCAUGGUCCAGUGGCACAGAGUGUGUAGCCAAAUACAACUUCCAGACCGCCAACGAACAGGACCUGCCUUUCUGUAAGGGAGAUUUACUCACCAUCAUCGGAGCCACCAGGGAUCCUAACUGGUACAGAGCGAGGAACACGGUGGGCAGAGAGGGAACCAUCCCGGCUAACUAUGUCCAGAAAAGAGAAGGAGUCAAGUCCGGAGGGAAGCUCAGUCUUAUGCCCUGGUUCCACGGGAAGAUAACCCGGGAGCAGGCGGAGCGGCUGCUCUACCCCCCGGAGACGGGCUUGUUCCUGGUGAGGGAGAGCACCAACUACCCCGGAGACUACACCCUGUGCGUGAGCUGCGACGGCAAGGUGGAGCACUACCGCAUCAUCUACCACAACGGCAAGCUCACCAUCGACGAGGAGGAGUACUUCGAGAACCUCAUGCAGCUGGUGGAGCACUACACCAAAGACGCCGACGGCCUCUGCACCCGGCUCAUCAAACCCAAGCUGAUGGAGGGAACGGUGGCGGCGCAGGACGAGUUCUCCAGGAGCGGCUGGGCGCUGAACAGGAAGGAGCUGAAACUCCUGCAGACCAUCGGGAAAGGAGAGUUUGGAGAUGUAAUGGUGGGAGACUACAGAGGGAACAAGGUGGCGGUGAAGUGCAUCAAGAACGACGCCACAGCGCAGGCCUUCAUCGCUGAGGCCUCCGUCAUGACGCAGCUGAGGCACAACAACCUGGUGCAGUUGUUAGGGGUGAUCGUGGAGGAGAGGGGCAGUCUCUACAUCGUCACAGAGUACAUGGCUAAGGGCAGCUUAGUGGACUACCUGCGCUCCCGAGGACGGACCGUACUGGGAGGAGAUUGCUUACUGAAGUUCUCACUUGAUGUGUGUGAGGCCAUGGAGUAUCUGGAGAACAACAACUUCGUGCACAGAGACCUGGCGGCUCGGAACGUCCUGGUUUCCGACGACAACAUCGCCAAGGUCAGCGACUUCGGCCUCACCAAGGAGGCGUCGUCCAUACAGGACGCCGGCAAGCUGCCCGUCAAGUGGACCUCCCCCGAAGCCAUCCGGGAGAAGAGGUUUUCCACCAAGUCUGACGUGUGGAGUUAUGGGAUCUUACUUUGGGAGAUUUACUCCUUUGGGCGCGUGCCUUACCCCAGAAUUCCGUUGAAGGAGGUGGUGCCCCGUGUGGAGAAGGGAUACAAGAUGGACGCUCCGGACGGCUGCCCCCCCGUGGUGUACGACCUGAUGAAGCAGUGCUGGACCCUGGACUCUGUGGUGCGGCCCUCCUUCCGCAUGCUGAGGGAGAAGCUGCAGCACAUCAGAGCCAAGGAGCUCUACCUGUGAGGGGGGAGGGGGUGAGGGAGAGGAGGGGGAGAACCACCGCUGUAGAGGAGGAGGAGGAAGAAGAAGAAGAAGAGGGACCACAGCAGCUUCCUCCGCCCAUGAGGACUGUUUCCUGUUUGUGUCGUGAAGCUCCUCUUCCUCCCUCUUUAUAGUCCAGUUGCCAGCAGGGUGACCCCGGAGAUGUGGAGACCCCAAAGUUUGUGUUAGAAAUGUUCGACUAGUGUUGCUCCCAUUGGAUACAGAGAGCACAGGGUGGGAAUGAACACCUCUGUAGUCCAGAAAAACUUCCAACUCGGCCCAAAUAUUUCCCCCUUCUGGUUAAAUCUGUUAAAAUGUCAGAAAUGGACUCAAUAAUCCCCAAAACCACUGCAGAAUUGUCCUAAUUGGCCAAGUCAUUUUUUAACUGUUAAAUUAGGUGCUAAUUAUGCUAAUUGUGCUAAUUGUGUUAAUUAUGCUAACUGCCCAACGUAUGCAGGUUAGCAUCCGGCAGUUUCUGUGAGCUGGGGACCCGUACUCUACAUCUGACGUUGGGGUCCUCAACAUUUCCAGGUUCUCAACAGGACUCUGGCUGCUGACCCUUACCUGCCGCCUCUCUCUGGGUCCAAGUCUCUCCUCCUCUUCCUCCUCCUUCUCUGCUCCUCCUCUCUUGAACACGGCAUUAUACCUGGAGAGGCUGGGCCUUUUCCUCCACGUUUCGUCAGGUGCUCUUCCUCCUCCUCCUCCUCCAACUCUAUCAUCAUUCCUGGAUCUCUGUACCACCGCUGCAUGAAUCCCCCCUCCCCACGGCGGUGUGUCAGGCGUGGGGCCUUCGCUAUGAGAAAAGUGCCUCCAGUCUCCAGAGCUCCAGACUCCCCCCCCCCCCCUCCCUCCACCUGGACUCUUUGUUUUUUUUAUUGCUUUUUUUAAGGAAAUCUUUUUUAUUGCUUUCUUUUUGUUUUCAGGGAGGUUAUCAAACCAUCGUUUUUUUUUUGUCUCCUCCACCAUCAACAGGAAGAGCGAGGCGGGACAAUAACCGGACACAAAGGGGGGGGGGGGGGGCGAGGGUAGAGGCAGUUCACAAACACUCAUCAUACGUGGGCUCUUGUUUUUGUAUCAAAAUAUAUUUAAAGGAUUAAAAAAAAGACCAAAAAAAUACGAUCGAGGAACAAAGUGACUCUGAGGAGCGCCAGCGUCUCUGUGAA